AUGGACGGCUUCUCGCUCAAUAUCUCCACGUCCAGCAAUGCUCAUAAGCCUAUCAAGAAGAAGAAAAAUACAUUUCGCGUCAAAAAGCAAGCUAAACGUGCAAAAGCAAAGCUGAAAAAGUCUACUGAUGCACUUUCAGAGACCCCUCCACAUCAUUCUAGUGGACAUUUUCAUGCGCAUCAGCCACACAUACGACACAAUAGUGAUCACAAAGAUCAAGUGAUGACGCAAGACAUACAGUCGAAGAUUCAAAUUUGUGAAGCUGAAUCUGUUGCUGCCAAUAAUGACAACGUUCUGGAAGUUCUUCCGGUGACGCAUGUGGAAGUAGGUGAAAACUCUGAGCAAAGAGCUGGAAAGACAGAAGAUGCACCGAUUGAAACGAUCGAAAAAUUACCGAGAACGAAUGAACAUGGUGUUGAUAUUGAAGUACUGGAAGAAAGCAUAAAGCCAAAGACGUUUGGUACUCGUCGUAAUCCGAACAAGGAGGGUUACAAUGCAGAGACGUUUACUCAAUCUCGUAUCAAGAUUGAAAAUGUGUUGUCAAAACCAUUAACAUCAUCAUCAAGUGAGAAGAUUUUUGCUGCGAAUACGUUUGAAUCGAUGAAGAUGACGGAGAAGCUGGUCAAUGUGCUGAAGAAAAAAGAAGGAAGCGGCGGUUUUGGCUUUGCGCGGCCAACCAACGUGCAAGUGCAAACUGUUCCGUCGAUACUAAAGGGUAGUGAUAUUCUGGUCAAGAGUGAGACGGGAUCGGGCAAAACACUGUCGUAUCUGCUUCCUAUUGUCCAGAAGCUGCAGGAGGUGACACCGCGCAUACAGCGGCAGGAUGGUUGCCUGGCGCUUAUUCUGGCGCCCACCCGUGAGCUUUGUACUCAAAUUUUAGAGACUGCCAAUCAACUUAUCCAGCCUUUUGUGUUCCUAGUGCCGGGUGCCAUUGUCGGUGGUGAGAAGAAGAAGUCGGAGAAGGCACGACUUCGCAAAGGAAUUACUAUCUUAAUUGCUACUCCUGGACGAUUAGCAGAUCACCUGGUGAACACACAGUCAUUCAACUAUUCACGCCUGCAAUUUUUGGUGCUUGACGAGGCCGAUCGACUGUUGGAUAUGGGUUUUGAAAAGCAGAUUACACAAAUCAUGACUAUCCUCGAUAGCAAGAAGACGGUCCAGAAGCGACAAAACAUUUUGGUGUCCGCCACGGUAAACAGCAGUGUGCAGCAGCUGGCUAAGAUGAGUCUGUCCGCCAGCUUCGUGCUGAUCAAUGCAGAUGCAACAACUAGCGGUGAAGAAGCUCCACCAAAGACCGACUGCACUAAUCAAGAGACGUUUUCGACUCCACACCAACUCAUGCAGCACUUCAUGCUUGUUCCAGCGAAGGCACGUCUGUGUGCUCUGACAUGCUUCUUGCGUGAGGAGCUGUGCCACGCUCCUCGCGAAAUUAAGAAUAAUUCUGGGCCCAGUAAAUGUAAGAUUGUAGUGUUCUUGUCGACGUGUGACGCAGUAGACUUUCACUACGCGCUGUUUCGCAAGUGUGCGUGGCCAUCAGGAAAGAUGUCGUCGAAAGAAGCUGAUGACAGUAGCGAAAGCAACGGCGUGGCGUCACUGUUUGGCAGUCAAGGGUUCGUGUUCCGCCUUCACGGCAACAUCGCUCAACAGGAGCGUGUGGCUACAUUCAAGAGUUUCUGCUCGUCGAGUUCCGGCGUCUUGCUUUGUACUGAUGUGGCUGCCCGUGGUCUCAACUUGCCCACGGUGAAGUGGAUUGUCCAAUACGAUCCACCUACUGAAACGCGCGACUACGUCCAUCGCGUGGGUCGGACAGCCCGUAGUGGUAAGCAAGGUAGCAGUCUUCUGUUCUUGAUGCCUUCCGAGUCAGAGUACUUGGACUAUUUGAACAAGCAGGGCCUGAAGUUGAAUGCUCUGAGUCUUGAAAAAACUAUUGCACGUGUUGGCAAGCACGGCGGGUUCCUUACAUCUCGCAAGAAGCUGCUGCGUGAGGUUGUACAUGGAGACCUGCAGUUUCUGUACGAACAGACGAUUUUGGCGGACAAAGAGUUGUUUGAGCUGGCAUGUCAAGCAUUCCAUUCUUUUGUCCGCAGCUAUGCCACGCACUCUUCCGACACAAGACAGAUCUUCCAUGUCCGUAGCCUACAUUUUGGUCACGUUGCAAAGAGCUUUGCGUUGCGAGAACCGCCUGCUUCUUCAAAGUUGCGUACGACUGGACGGAACGCUAAGAAUGGUACGCUGCACAAGCGUAAGGAGCGUGACGACAAGCAACAGGCAGUGGUCGCUAAGAAGCAGAAAAAAGUGCGCGACGAAAAGCGCCGGUAUGCACAGAAUGUGUCCGAAUUUGCCAACUAG